CCCGCCUGGUGCAGAGCGCUCAGUGCUGCGAGCGGCGGUGCCAUUUAAAGGGGCCGCGACCCCUGUCCCGGCUGCUAGGGAGGGAGGUGGAGAAGGAGCGCGGGGCCGUCGCUGUCUGCAGUUCUAGGCUUGUAGCCGUUACUCUAACCCUGCCUCAGCCCAUAUCCAGCCAUCCUCAUGGACCCCAGUGAUUUCCCCAGUCCAUUUGACCCAUUGACCCUUCCAGAGAAGCCCCUGGCUGGAGACCUUCCAGUAGACAUGGAAUUUGGAGAGGAUCUGCUGGAAUCUCAGACUGCCCCAACUCGAGGAUGGGCUCCCCCUGGUCCGUCUCCAUCCUCGGGAGCCCUAGACCUGCUUGAUACCCCUUCUGGCCUGGAAAAAGACCCUGGAGUAGUACUGGAUGGAGCCACUGAGCUGCUGGGGCUGGGGGGGCUACUCUAUAAAGCCCCCUCACCCCCAGAGGUGGACCAUGGUCCUGAGGGGACCCUAGCCUGGGAUUCAGGGGAGCAGACCCUAGAGCCUGGACCAGGGGGCCAGACCCCUGGGGUGGUGGCACCUGAUUCAGGGGCUGGGGCCAGUCCUUCUUCACCUGAGGGUCUAUUAGAACCUUUGGCUCCAGAUUCUCCAAUAACCCUGCAGUCUCCCCAUAUUGAAGAGGAGGCGACACCCUCUAUAGCUAGGAGGAGAAGGGGUUCCCCUGGGCAGGAGGAGGAGCAUCCCCGAGGGCAGCCACAGAGCCCAAAUGCCCCCCCUAGCCCUUCAGUGGGGGAGACUCUGGGGGAUAGGAUCAACAGUUCUCAGACCAAACCUGGGGGCUCUAAACCUGCUGCACAUCCUUCCUUACCAGGGGAUGGCCUGACUGAGAAGGAGAGUGAGAAGCCGCCUGAGAGGGUACAGAAGAGAAGCGAGCGCGUUAGAAGAGCAGAACCUCCAAAACCUGAGGUUGUGGAUUCCACUGAGAGCAUUCCAGUGUCAGAUGACGAUUCUGAUGCCAUGGUAGAUGACCCCAAUGAUGAGGACUUUGUGCCAUUCCGGCCCCGGCGCUCUCCUCGCAUGUCCCUACGCUCAAGUGUGGCACAGAGGGCUGGGCGCUCUUCAAUGGGCACCAAGAUGUCUUGUGCACAUUGCCGGACACCACUGCAGAAGGGGCAGACGGCCUAUCAGCGCAAGGGGCUGCCUCAGCUCUUCUGCUCUUCAUCUUGUCUCACCACUUUCUCCAAGAAGCCCUUGGGCAGAAAGACCUGUACCUUCUGCAAGAAGGAAAUCUGGAACACCAAGGACUCAGUCGUGGCACAGACUGGUUCAGGAGGCUCCUUCCAUGAGUUCUGCACAUCUGUCUGUCUGUCUCUGUAUGAGGCCCAGCAGCAGCGCCCAAUCCCUCAGUCUGUGGAUCCUGCUGAUGCCACUCGCUGCAGCAUAUGCCAGAAGACUGGAGAGGUUCUACAUGAGGUCAGCAAUGGCAGCGUGGUGCACCGGCUCUGCAGUGAUUCUUGCUUCUCCAAAUUCCGAGCCAACAAGGGACUGAAAACCAACUGUUGUGACCAGUGUGGGGCUUACAUCUACACCAGGACCGGGAGCCCUGGUCCAGAGCUCCUCUUCCAUGAUGGCCAACAAAAGCGAUUCUGCAACACAACGUGCUUGGGGGCAUACAAGAAGAAAAACACACGUGUGUACCCAUGUGUCUGGUGCAAGACCCUGUGUAAGAACUUUGAGAUGCUAUCACAUGUGGAUCGUAAUGGCAAGACCAGCUUGUUCUGUUCCCUGUGCUGUACCACUUCUUACAAAGUGAAGCAGGCAGGGCUCACUGGCCCUCCCCGACCCUGCAGCUUCUGCCGCCGCAGCCUCUCUGACCCCUGUUACUACAACAAAGUUGAUCGCACAGUCUACCAGUUCUGCAGCCCCAGCUGCUGGACCAAGUUCCAGCGUACAAGCCCUGAGGGGGGUAUUCACCUGAGCUGUCACUACUGCCAUAGCCUCUUCAGUGGUAAGCCUGAGGUCUUGGAGUGGCAGGACCAGGUGUUCCAGUUCUGCUGCCGUGAUUGCUGUGAGGACUUCAAGCGGCUUCGGGGUGUGGUUUCCCAGUGUGAGCACUGCCGGCAGGAGAAACUCCUGCAUGAGAAACUCCGAUUCAGUGGGGUGGAGAAGAGCUUCUGCAGUGAAGGCUGUGUGCUACUGUACAAACAAGAUUUCACUAAGAAACUGGGCUUAUGCUGUAUUACUUGUACUUACUGCUCCCAAACCUGCCAACGUGGAGUCGCUGAGCAACUGGAUGGCAGCACCUGGGACUUUUGCAGUGAGGACUGUAAGAGCAAGUAUCUGCUGUGGUACUGCAAGGCUGCUCGGUGCCAUGCUUGUAAGCGCCAGGGGAAGCUGCUGGAGACCAUCCAUUGGCGUGGGCAAAUACGUCAUUUCUGCAACCAACAGUGUCUGCUGCGCUUCUACAGCCAGCAGAACCAACCCAACUUGGAUACCCAGAGUGGGCCAGAAAGCCUCCUGAACAGUCAGUCUUCUGAGUCGAAGCCCCAGACAGCCUCUCAAACCAAAGUGGAAAACAGCAACACAGUGAAGACCCCAGAGGAAAAUGGGAAUUUGGGCAAGAUCCCUGUGAAGACUCGAUCAGCUCCAAGUGCUCCCACUCCCCCACCUCCACCACCCCCAGCAACACCUCGCAAAAACAAAGCUGCCAUGUGUAAGCCACUGAUGCAGAACCGGGGAGUCUCAUGCAAGGUGGAAAUGAAGUCCAAAGGAAGUCAGACAGAAGAGUGGAAGCCACAGAUGAUUGUGCUACCCAUCCCAGUGCCCAUAUUUGUGCCAGUGCCUAUGCAUCUGUACUGCCAGAAAGUCCCGGUGCCUUUCUCAAUGCCUAUCCCAGUGCCUGUGCCCAUGUUCUUGCCCACUACUUUGGAGAGCACAGACAAGAUUGUGGAGACCAUUGAGGAGCUGAAGGUGAAGAUCCCAUCCAAUCCGUUGGAGGCCGACAUCCUGGCUAUGGCAGAAAUGAUUGCAGAGGCUGAAGAGUUAGACAAGGCCUCCUCUGAUCUUUGUGAUCUUGUGAGCAACCAGAGUGCAGAAGGACUUCUGGAAGACUGUGACUUGUUUGGGCCAGCUCGAGAUGAUGUUCUGGCCAUGGCAGUUAAGAUGGCUAAUGUCUUAGAUGAGCCUGGGCAAGACUUGGAGGCAGACUUUCCCAAGAAUCCUUUGGACAUCAACCCAAGUGUAGACUUCCUUUUUGAUUGUGGCCUGGUAGGACCUGAGGACGUGUCUACUGAACAAGACCUUCCUCGAACUAUGAGGAAGGGUCAAAAGAGGCUGGUGCUUUCUGAAAGCUGUUCACGGGACUCCAUGAGCAGCCAGCCUAGUUGUACUGGUCUCAACUAUUCAUAUGGUGUCAAUGCUUGGAAGUGCUGGGUACAGUCAAAAUAUGCCAAUGGAGAAACGAGCAAGGGUGAUGAGCUGCGCUUUGGUCCCAAACCCAUGCGUAUCAAAGAGGAUAUUCUCGCCUGCUCAGCUGCUGAGCUCAACUAUGGCCUGGCCCAGUUUGUGAGAGAAAUUACUCGACCCAAUGGUGAACGAUACGAACCUGACAGUAUCUACUAUCUGUGUCUUGGCAUCCAGCAGUAUUUGCUGGAAAAUAACCGAAUGGUGAACAUUUUCACGGACCUUUACUACCUGACUUUCGUCCAAGAACUCAACAAGUCUCUGAGUACCUGGCAGCCCACACUCCUCCCCAACAAUACUGUAUUCUCCCGUGUGGAGGAAGAGCACCUCUGGGAGUGCAAGCAACUAGGGGUCUAUUCGCCCUUUGUUCUUCUCAACACCCUCAUGUUCUUCAACACUAAGUUUUUUGGGCUGCAGACAGCUGAGGAACAUAUGCAGCUAUCUUUCACUAAUGUGGUACGGCAGUCCCGCAAGUGUACCACUCCUCGGGGCACCACAAAGGUGGUGAGCAUCCGCUACUAUGCCCCAGUCCGCCAGAGGAAAGGGCGAGACACGGGUCCUGGGAAACGGAAGAGAGAAGAUGAAGCCCCUAUCUUAGAACAGCGUGAGAAUCGCAUGAAUCCUCUCCGCUGCCCUGUCAAGUUCUAUGAGUUCUAUCUCUCAAAAUGUCCUGAAAGUCUCCGGACUCGCAAUGAUGUAUUCUACCUGCAACCUGAGCGGUCCUGCAUAGCCGAGUCACCUCUCUGGUAUUCUGUGAUUCCUAUGGACCGAAGCAUGUUGGAGAGCAUGCUCAAUCGUAUUCUGGCUGUGCGUGAAAUUUAUGAGGAACUUGGUCGUCCUGGGGAAGAAGACGUGGAUUGAGCCCAUGUGGUACCUUGUGUCCAUCUUUCACAUCAGUGUCUGACCUGCAGGGUGACUGGCCCAGGAACAAAUGCUACUCAUUCUGAAGGACCCUGACUACGUCUUUCUACUCAUUCAUUCCCUGCCUUCCCCAGGAAUCCCUAGCUUUAACCUUUGUCCAUACCCCUUGAGAAACAUAGGGCUCCAGUCUUCUGUACUCAGGGGCUAAUCCCCCAGUGAUGGGCACAAACCAACCAGCCCAGCUUUUUUUUGUUGGAUAUAGGGUCUCAUUAUGUAGGCUUGGCUGGCCUGGUUGGUUGUAGACCAGGCUGGUUUCAAACUCAGAGAUCCGCCUGCCUCUGCUUCCCGAGGGUGCCACCACACUUGGGCCAGCCCAUUUUCUUUAUGUGUCACAGUAAACCCUUUUUGCUAGGGCCAGACUCUGGUGGAGUGUUAAUAGCUCUGAUGAUCCUGUUGGCUUUGGGUUUCCUGACCUAUAUCUAUGUAGGUGAAGCCCUGUGUUCCUAGGUCUGACCUAGGGAAGAACCCAGCUGCCUUCUCUGCCCUGUGACCCUCCCCCCUUUCUCUUUCUCCCUCCCUCUCUCCUCCCUCCUCUUCCCCAGUACCAUGUGAAAGGGUCUUGUCUGAGAGAUGUGAAAGAAAUGAAGGGACCAUUUACCUAAAGCACACAGCUCAGACACUCUUAUCCCUCCUGAGAUAAUUGGUUGUUGGCACCCUUCACCACCAUGUCCCUUACCCCACCCUGCAAGCACCACUCCUUGGUGCUACAGUUUCUAAAGGUUUUAAAUGCUUUCUUUUCCUCAAAGGCAGAGAAUGACUCUUAAGUAUGGGGAGCAGAUUCCUGUUGUGCAGACUCCUGUCCCCUUGAUUUAUAUGUUUGUCUGUCUCUGCCAUCUUAGGUUGGCAUGAGCCAUGGUGUCAACAUGCUUAGCUCCCUCUGUACCUGCCUCCCUUUAGUUCUGUAAACAGAGCUCCAAGGCAUAAAACUACCUUCUGGCUUGGAUUGGGGCUGGGUUCCCUGUUCUUUUUCUCCCCCUAUUAUCAGAGCCAGGCCAGGUCAUGACCCAGGGGGCCUGGGUCAUGCAGGAUGGAGUCUUUGGUCAAAAGAUAGGUGAGGAGCUGUGGGCAUGAGUCCUGUUCCUACUGCCUACAUCUCUUUAUCCCAUCUUGCCUUUGUGAGCCCAGAAAACUAUUUAGUGUCUGGCAAAGGGGGUACCCAGUUCUUUCCCUGUUGGCUUUGCUGUUCCCCAGCCUUCUUUUUGUGUUUUUAUAACUGUCACCAGUUUAGCCACUGUUUAAAUUGUAUAUAUUGUACUGAGGUGCCUGGCCUGUUCCUUCAGUGAGCCAUGCCCACCCUUGUGUUGUAGUGAGAAGCUGUUGUCAUGACUAACCUUCUGUCUCUGGAAUUGUUUGUUUCAAAUAAAGAAUUAAAAUUGU